AUGAGUGUUGAGCCCAAACAGCCACGUGAGGCUUGCUGCUCCAAGCUCAAGCUCUUCCUUGCUUCUUUGGCAUUCGUGUACUUUUCCAAAGCCUUUGGUGGGGCAUACAUGAAGAGUUCCAUCACCCAGAUUGAGAGGCGUUUCGAUAUCCCCAGCUCCCUCAUUGGUGUAAUAGAUGGCAGCUUUGAAAUGGGCAACCUGUUGGUGAUCGCCUUUGUCAGCUACUUCGGUGCUAAGCUCCAUCGUCCCAGGCUGAUCGGCAUUGGCUGUCUGAUCAUGGCUGCUGGAUCCUUCCUCAUUGCCCUACCUCACUUCUUCCAAGGACCGUUUAAAUAUGAGACUAGUUUGUCUCACAGCAACACUGACAACAGCUCUGAGAGCAUCCUGCCCUGUCUGUCCAACCACAGCCUCACUGAUGUAGAUGAUACACCUGAUCUAGAAGCCAAAACAGCCUGUGAAAAAGCAGCUGGCUCAUCCAUGUGGAUUUAUGUCUUCCUGGGGAACAUGCUGCGUGGGAUUGGAGAGACUCCCAUCAUGCCUUUGGGUAUAUCAUACCUGGACGACUUCUCAAGAGAAGAGAACACUCCUUUCUAUUUGGCCUGCAUCCAUACAGUGGGAAUCUUAGGCCCUAUGUUUGGAUUCAUGCUCGGCUCCUUCCUUGCCAAGAUUUAUGUGGACAUUGGAUCUGUGGAUUUAGACACUGUGACCAUCACCUAUAAGGACUCCCGCUGGGUCGGAGCCUGGUGGCUGGGCUUCAUAGUGACUGGCACAGUGAUCCUGCUGUCCAGUAUCCCAUUCUGGUUUUUACCCAAGUCUCUGCCCAAGCAGGGCCAAGAACAGAGUAAGAGUAAAAGCACAGAGCUCUCCACAGUGGCAGAGCAGGAGAACUUUCUGCCAGAGGAGAACCAGGAGCAUGAAGACAAAGAGAAACCAGUCACGUUUAAGGAGCUGGCUAAAGAUUUUAUUCCAUCUUUGAAGAGGCUGUUCAAGAACGGCAUCUACUCACUGAUGGUCCUCACAUACCUGGUAGUUGUCAAUGGCUUCAUUGGCAUGAUCACCUUCAAACCAAAGUACUUGGAGCAGGUCUAUGGCCAGUCAGCUUCCAAGGCCAUUUUCCUCAUAGGUAUAUUGAAUCUCCCUGCAGUAGCUUUGGGUAUCAUCACUGGAGGUUUUGUGCUAAAGCGUUUCAAACUGGGCGUUAUUGGAGCUGCCAGGGUGUCGUUUGGAGCUUCAGUUGCCUCUUUCUGUUUACUUGCUGCACAGAUCUUUAUUAACUGUGACAACGCAGAUGUGGCUGGUCUCACUGUGUCAUAUCAGGGGAUUGCUGAGGUGUCCCACAACCCACAGACAUUGCUGUCACAGUGUAACAUGGGCUGCUCCUGCUCAAUGAAGCAUUGGGACCCUGUAUGUGCUUACAAUGGUAUGACGUAUGCCUCGCCCUGCCUCGCUGGAUGCCAGACCACUACCGGCACCGGCAAACAAACGGUGUUUCAUAACUGCUCCUGCGUUGGGGAGAUGAUGACCUCGGCGGUGAACAUGUCUGCUGUGUUGGGCCAGUGCCCCAGGAAGAGCGACUGUGAUCGCAUAUUCAAGAUCUCCAUGGCUCUGUCUGUGGUGGGCUCCUUCAUCUCUGCCUGCGGGGGUACACCUGGAUACAUUGUGCUGCUCAGGUCUAUAGAGCAGGACCUGAAGUCUCUGGCUUUGGGUAUGCAAACACUGAUUGUAAGAACCCUAGGUGGGAUCCCUCCUCCUAUAUACUUUGGAGCUCUAAUCGACAGGACCUGUUUGAAGUGGGGCACCAAGCAGUGUGGAGGCCGCGGAGCAUGUCGCCUUUAUGAUGCUAAUGCAUUCAGAAUUACCUUUAUGGGGCUAGUUAGUGGAUUCUACUUCCUAGCCAACAUGCUGUGGGGAUUCCUGUACCUCAAAAUUGUGAGGAAACAAAAGAAAUUAGCACUGAUGAAUCAAGCCAAACAAAAUGGACUGGAGGGUAACGGAGUGGCCAGUGGACAUGCCAAUAUCAACAUAGCUAAAAACAAAGAAGACACGGACAAGGAGAGCACUAUUUAA